AUGCCAGAAAAGCACUGCUUGAAGGAAGGGGAGGAAAGAAAAGGAGGCUCUAAAGAUCUCGUGGCGUCCAAAGAGAAAUGCUCGCUCCCAUUAGUCAAACUGUACUCCAAUGAACCAAUGGUGUCAGGAUCAGAAGCCUUCAGAGUGGCUACGGGUUGGCCAGCGGGUAGUUCUUCUGAUACUUGGAAGCGGAGUGGUGCUGGGAAAGAGGGCGGGCUAUCGUUCUUGUCCAAUACUGUGAUGCGGACCUGUAAUGAUAAAUUGAUAAGGAAUUGUUUUACUGGAGCUAGAAUAGAAUUGAACAGUUUCAAGAAGUGGCAUUUUGGAGAUGUCAACGAUCGAGCAAGCGAGAAACCUAUCACAAUAGGAGGUACAACCGGUAAUUUAAGGAAACAUUUACGAAUUAAACAUCCUACAAUUGUAAUCGAUGAAGAAACAGCUAUACAAAAAGAGGAAAAGCAAGAGUGGGGAAUAUCAGAAAAAGUGGUUGCUAUAGUAACAGAUAACGCUGCUAAUCAAGUGGCUGCAGUAAAAUUGGGAAGUUGGGCACAUAUACCUUGUUUUGCUCAUACAUUAAAUUUAGUAGUGCAAAAUGGCCUUCAAGAAAUUAAAGAUAUACGCCAUAAAGUUAAGGCAGUUGUAGAAUACUUCCACAGAAGUUCGCAGGCAAAUUCAAAAUUAUUAUCAACACAAACUAGGAUGGAUGCAAACAGCAUUCCUUUAAAAUUAAAAAACGACGUGUCCACUAGGUGGAACUCUUCAUAUUAUAUGUUUGAGCGGUUUUUAAAGUUAGAAGAAUCUCUUACUAUAACCAUUGGAUUACUACACAAUCCCGUACAAUUAUUGUCCGAAGAAGAGUGGAGCAUUUUAAAAGAAAUUUGUCAAGUGCUAAAACCAUUUGAACAAAUAACAACUGAAAUUAGGUCAGAAACACACGUAACAGUUUCCAAAAUUAUUAUCAUUGUCCGAGGCUUGAUCGCGAUUUUAAAAAGGUUUCAAAGCGAAAUGUCUUUCGAUAUCACCAAACGCCUAAUUGAGAAUUUAUUAGCGUCGUGUUUGACUCGUUUUGAUAAAUGCGAAUAUAAUAGUAUUUUGGCAAAACCAUCGAUUUUAGACCCGCGAUUUAAAAUAAAGGCAUUUUCGCUUGAGCAAGCAUAUAAAAAAGCCAAGGACAAGUUACAGGAUGAAACAGUAGCAAUUAUAAGAAAAAAUGAAAGUGUUGCAGCCAUAGAUAGUGAUUUAGAUGUUACUAUUAUACAAAGUUCCGAAGAUGAUCAAAGCUUAAAUAAUUUAGUUUGGCAUGAAUUUGAUUUAUCGACGUCCACCAUUGAAAAGCCAAGUCCACUGGCUACUGCAAUAGCAGAAAUACGAAUGUAUUUGGAAGAACCAAAUAUACCUAGAACAGAAAACACAUUGUUAUGGUGGAAGUCCAGGGAACUACUCUAUCCCACCCUUGCCCCAUUGGCAAAAAAAUACUUGAGUAUGGUAGCAACAUCUGUUCCCAGUGAACGCGUCUUUUCGAAAGCUGGAUUCGUUCUUAGCUACUUACUUUGGGCUUUAGAGCAGUACGUUUUGAAAGGGCCGUUAAUACCCACAUCUAAUGGGCGGGUGCAAUGUGGGAGGAAUGAUAAUAUGACUGAGUUGCUCUAA